UCUCCCAUAAUUCAUUGCGCGAAUCUGUUCACUGACAUGACAAUUCCGGUUUCUUGGUGUAUCUUUCCUUGAAAGGUUCUUCGGUGAUAAACACGUGGGGAGUUUUAACACAUUGCUACCUCGCUAAAGAUUUGGAUCUAAACCAAACAGGAUGACGAGUGAGAACCUGGAGCGGCUGUUGAUCCAGUUUCAGGACGAGAAUGGGGAGGUUCUGGAUUCACCUUUUGAUGUGCCUCUGGACAUCACCCCGGACAAACUACAGCUCGUCUGCAAUGCACUGCUACAGAAGGAGGAGCCAGUGCCACUGGCAUUUUUUGUGCAAGAGUCAGAGGUGGUGUCCAGUCUGCGGUCGUGUGUGAAGGCUCUUGGGGUCGAGACAGAGCAGGUUCUGCCAGUGGUGUACCAGCCUCAGGCUGUGUUCAGGGUCCGAGCUGUCGCCCGCUGUACCAGCACACUACAGGGACACACAGAAGCUGUCAUCUCAACUGCUUUCAGCCCCACCGGCAAAUAUCUUGCCAGCGGUUCAGGUGAUACCACAGUGCGUUUUUGGGACUUGACGACUGAGACACCUCACCACACUGCCCGAGGACACACACAUUGGGUACUGAGCAUCGCCUGGUCACCUGAUGGCAAGAAGCUGGCUUCAGGAUGCAAGAACAGUCAGAUCUGUCUGUGGGAUCCAGUGACAGGUACACAGAUGGGGAAGACUUUGACAGGACACACCAAGUGGAUCACUUGGCUCUGCUGGGAACCUCUCCAUCUUAACCCAGAGUGUCGGUACUUGGCCAGUACCUCUAAGGACGGUUCAGUGCGUAUUUGGGACACUGUGUUGGGACGCUGUGAGAAGAUCCUGACUGGUCACACUCAGUCAGUCACCUGUGUGAAGUGGGGAGGAGAUGGACUUCUCUACACUUCUUCCCAGGACAGAACAGUCAAAGUCUGGAGAGCCAAAGAUGGUGUCCAGUGCAGGACUCUGCAGGGUCACGCCCACUGGGUGAACACCCUGGCUCUCAGCACAGACUAUGUCCUGCGCACUGGAGCUUUUGAACCCGCAACUGCCACUGUCAACCCCCAGGACCUUACUGGAUCAUUGGAAGAGCUGAAGGAGAAAGCUUUGCAGAGAUAUAAUAAAGUUAGGGGUCCAGCUCCAGAGCGCUUGGUGUCUGGCUCAGAUGAUUUCACCUUGUUCCUGUGGAACCCUGCAGAAGACAAGAAGCCUCUGGCCAGGAUGACCGGCCACAGCGCUCUGGUCAAUGAAGUGCUCUUCUCCCCAGACACCAGGUUUCUCGCCUCCGCCUCAUUCGAUAAGUCCAUAAAAAUCUGGGAUGGACGCACUGGAAAGUACUUAAUGUCCCUGCGUGGCCAUGUGGCAUCUGUGUAUCAAGUGGCGUGGUCGGCAGACAGCAGGCUGCUGGUCAGUGGCAGCAGCGACAGCACGCUUAAAGUUUGGGACAUAAAGACUGGGAAGCUUAACAUGGAUCUACCUGGCCACGCUGAUGAGGUUUAUGCAGUGGACUGGAGUCCUGACGGACAAAGAGUGGCCAGCGGCGGGAAAGAUAAAUGUCUCAGAAUAUGGAGAAGAUAGGCACACCUCUGUUCCCCUUCCUACCUUUGGCAGAAGAUUUCAUCUUCAUCUUCAAGAAGCCUGACAGCUGGAGCAAGGGUGGCUAGGCUUUACCUAAUCCCCCCUUUGGCUUUAUUAUACUGUCUGUCAACAAUGGCAUUGUUUCAAGGAACUCUACGUCCAGUCAUAAUGCAAAUGCCCUCUCCAGGUUUGAAACCCAUGUGGGAAUAUUAACGAUGUAAUACUGUAAAGGUGUAUAGCUGAGUGGGAAUGUAAAAAUUCCAUCCAUUGAGAUCAUGGCAAGUAGAAGCUACACUGUAAAAUGUGUCAGUGUCAGCAUCUCAAAUCUGAACACGAAAGAUUUGCCAUCAAUGUACAUGUUGUUUUGUACAGGGGCCCUUACAUGUAAAGAACUUACUCCUAAGUUUAAAUCCUUAUUAUAGUGCUAUGCCCAUAUGCAGAAACCACAAACAAGGUUGUGUAUUUAAAAGUGAAUACAUAACCUAAUGCUUCAAUUUCCGAAUACAGAAUAUAUUAAAGAAAUGAAAUGAGAUGCAUACAUUGAGAUAUUAAAAAAAGGAUUUAACAAGCAGAUAAGGAAAACUAAUGUAUUUCUCAGCAGCAUGUGUGUCGCCUCCUUCACCUUAAGCCUCACUACACAAACUAUGUACUGUAGGUGACAGGUGGACUGGCGGGGCAACAGGUGGGAGCGCUAAUACCUUCCUCUGUGAUGUUAAUGCCGACAGCGCUCGCCCUGCUCCUCCAGCCUUUAAUCUCCUCUGUCCUGCCAUCAGCAAAGCGUCAGCCUGCUGAUUUUUCCAGCACUGCUGCGAAGCAAGGUGUCACCAGCUCUGAACUCUCUGGCGCUCAUCCCACGGAGGAAAAACCAGGUUCACCAUUCCAGUUAAAAUAACCUGUUUUAUUUUCUGUGUGUAACUGGCUUUAUGAAUAUUUAAUAUGAAUAAAUAUUUGCAUCACAACUUUAA